AUGCAGAGCUUCCUGACCCUCCUGCGGGCGGGCGGCGGCGCAGGCCCGCCCCUGGCCGAGCUGGCGGCCCUGGCCGGCCGGCUGUGUCGGGACAUGCAGGACGACCCGGCCCAGGUGCAGCCCUUGGUCACCGCCGUGCUGGACAGCCAGCUGCGCCUGCAGCUCCUGGACAACGUGGACGUGGCCCUGGCGUGUGCGCGUGCGCUCGCGCGGCAGGAGCAGCACCAGGCCGCCUGCCGGCUGCUGGAGGGCUGCCGGGCGCCCGGGGGCAGCCAGGAGCUGGUGCAGCUCUGGCACGACAUCCACUACCUGCUGGCCGCGCGGAGGCUGGGCGUGCCCACCCUGACGCCCGUGCAGCGGUUCCGCUGCCGCAAGAGGAACCCCCCGCCGCCCGCGCUCUGCCCCGACGGCCCGCGGAGCCGCACCUUCCCCAGGGAGGUGCGCCAGAAGCUGCAGGACUUCGCGGCGGGCGUGAGCGCCAACCCCGGCAAGGCGGAGCGGGAGCGGCUGGCGCGGGAGACGGGCCUGCGCGCCGAGCAGGUGUCCAACUGGUUCGCCAACUUCCGGCGGCGCCGGCGCGCGCGGGUGCGGAGCUCGGAGGCCCCCGCGCCGGACCCCGGCGGUGGAGAGCGGGGCGCGGCGCCCCUGCAGCCCCAGGCGCCCCCCGCGCCGGCCCCGGGGGCGCGGACCGGCCUCAGUGGGCGCGAGGAGAGCGGACCCGCGCCCGCCGCGGAGCGCCCCGGAGGGUCGUGGGAGCUGCGGCCGCCGGCCCCGGCCUUCCCUGGAGCCGAGACGCUGCCGGCGCCGCCGGCCAGGCUGUACCACGAGGCCCCUGGCCAUGAGCCGGCUGCUCUCCCUCCGGUCUGCCCUGGCCCGGGCCUCUGCCCUCUGGCUGCCGGCGGUGACCUGCUGGGGCCCCCUCUGGCUGCCCCUGAGUCGUGGCUGAUGCCUCUUGCUCUGGCGUCCUGCACAGAAGUCUCCCCAGCGCUGGUCCCCGGCCCUGUGUGGCCUGCGGACACCACUGCCGCCAUGGCCACAGUUGCCCGGAGCCAGCUGGGCACCACAGGUGGGUCCACACAGAGGAGCUCACGAGUGCCCCAGCGGCUGAGGCCGCUGCAGUCCGGGAGGGCCCUGGACGACCGAGCCCCGCGGGGGCGGCGGGAUGGGGCCGCGCUCUGCCCGCGCCCCCGCCCCGCCGGGCACCCAGGCGUGCGCUCGUCCCGUGCAGGAGCCGCGGACCCGCCGGGUGGUGGCCGCCCCGGGGCCGAGACGGGGGCCUUCCUGGGGGCGCCUGGACCCGCCCCCGGCCCGAGCGCUGGCCCCGGCCGCGCCCGCCCCCCGCCGCCCCGAGUCUGCCGCGGAGCCGACCCCGCCCGCCCGCCCCAGGUGAGCCCCGCCGCCCAGGUGCGGUGGCCCGAGGGCCAGGCCUCCAGCGACGCCUUCUGGGGCGCCAGCAUGCUGCUCGCGCUCGCGGGGGGCGGCCUGGACUGA